AUGGACAUCCCGCCGCUUGCCGGCAAGAUCGCCGCUCUGUCGCUCGGCGCCCUCCCCUUGUCCUAUGCGCUCAACUACGUCUCGGCGCUCUCGCACCCCCUGGGGGUGGCAUUGAUGAGUGCCCUGAUCCUGGGUCUGCUUUUCAUGGCUAUCUACAACUUGUCUCCUGGUGAUAUCUACUAUGACCCACUCUAUGCUGUGUUCACUAUCUUCGCCUUCACCUCGGUGGUGGACCUCCUUAUUGCUCUCCAGGAAGAUGGCUACGUGGUGGGCUUCAUGGAGUUCAUUACCAAGGAGGGAGAGCCAUACUUGCGCACUGCCCAUGGAGUCUUCAUCUGCUACUGGGAUGGCACCGUUCACUACCUCCUCUACCUGGCCAUGGCUGGUGCCAUCCACAGAAGGAAGAGAUACCGGAACCUUGGACUGUACUGGCUGGGAUCUUUCAUCAUGAGCAUUCUGGUAUUUCUUCCAGGAAACAUCCUUGGGAAAUACAGCUCAGAGAUCAGACCUGCCUUCUUCCUGGCCAUCCCCUAUAUGCUGGUCCCAUGCUGGGCUGGCAUGAGGGUCUUCAGCCAGUCCCGGGCACCAACCAGCUGUAUCCCUCACAUGGUACAGGAGGAGCAAAGAAAGGGCCUCCUGCGACGCCCGGUUGACCUGGUCCUUGUCAUAUACCUCAUCCUUGCUGGGUUCUUCACCCUCUUCCGGGGCCUGGUGGUGCUUGACUGCCCCACAGAUGCCUGCUUUAUCUACAUCUAUCAGUAUGAGCCAUACCUACGGGACCCCGUGGCCUAUCCGAAGGUGCAGGUGAGAGGGCAGAUGGGAGGAGAAGGCCAUAUGGUCCUGUCAUGGAUAGAGGUCUACCAAAUCCUCUUUGAGGCAGGCACCACAAACACAAGCCAGUUUAUUGCACAGUUCUCGCACAUGGGUGCCUCCAUGCACCUGCGCACGCCCUUCACCUACCGUGUGCCUGAUGACGCCUGGGCCUGCUUCUUCGGGUGCAACCUGCUGUAUGCGCUGGGCCCCCACCUGCUGGCCUUCCGCUGCCUUCAGUGGCCCGCCUUCUUCCUGCGCCCUCCCCCUGGCCCCCCGGCCCACCACAAGAAGCAGCACUGA